AUGGCGUCGUUCCGUGCCUCACCGACUUCAAUCUGGCUCGUCGUACUCGAACUUUCCAGAUUCGGAUCGUUGUGUGGGCUUCACACAGCUGGUAUCAUUGCUGCAACAUUCGGCAUGGCCAACCUAGUGGCUCGUCCCUUCGGAGGGUUUGCUUCUGAUCGAGCAGCCAGGUACUUUGGCAUGAGAGGAAGGCUAUGGAGGAUGAUUGCCAAAAGUCCCACAUCGACAAAAUAA